AUGUCGCCGCGGCCUCGGCCUCCAAAUACUUCCACCUUUGACUACAACCACCAUUACCACCACCGUCAAUAUCACGAUGACUAUUUCUCGUCCCGCUCACACACUGCUCGGUUUGCGCAGCCUCUCAGAAGUCCGUAUGGUGGCUCGACACCACUGCCUAUGUCCUCUGAAAACACGUUAAGGAGAAAAACACCGAACGGAACGCUCAACGGGGCAUAUGAAAGUAACAAUCAUGGGACACAGCCUACAAAGCACAUGGUUAUUCAUCGACAAGACAGUAUGCAUCCUUACUGUCAGGCACCUCAAAUGGCUCACAUGGAUUCUAUAGUCAACCAGCAAGCGGUUCUUCCACCUCGAUACAUGAAUCCAAUGCCGCAUCCUUUCUACGGUCAAUCGGUCCCGAGCGUUAUGCAGCCGUCCUUCCAAUACUUGGGUCCUACUGCAUCUGGCAUAGAUGGUCAUGGUCUCUAUGGCCCUUAUUGGAAUGAUGGCACUUAUGUCCCGUAUCGUCCUGCCGCCGUCAGAGACCCUCGCUUUUACUCACAACAUGACGGCCAUUACCCAAUGCAUGGGUUUGUGAACCCCUGGAAUGCUCCUGCGCCUGGUCUAUCAUAUCCCGCUUCCGCUCAUACAUGGUCCGCACAUGAUAGUGGUAUGCCCGUUGUGUAUUCUUCGUUUGCAGAUGUUCACAAUGUUCCAUAUACGCCCGAUUUCGUUCCCAACUUCGGCCCUGCGCCUACAAAUGCGCGACAACGUGAGCAAGCAUUCAACUGGGCCCUUCAGACUUAUCGCGAGCUUCUUGUAUACAUUCAGCAAGUACGAAAGACGAAUCGGCAAUAUAAAUCACCCCAUCCAGCGUCCUCUCCUGGUCCCAGAUUCUAUCCUAAACCUCCCAAAUUCUCUGGUGCUCUCACGCCAACCAAUGCUGCUGGCUCAAUGAGCUCGCAUGCCACUCAAAUCAAUAUCUCAGCGCUGUAUAAUAAUGGUUACCCGUACGGAACAGCUUCACAUACCGUGUCCUCUUCAACACCAUUGCCAUCUCCUGGUGCUAUUGUCUCGCCUCUGCACGACACAUCUCCACCAGCCAGAGCGGCAAAUGCCUUGGCUCUGAUCACGAGACUCUGUGAUGAAACAUCAUGGCAAUGGACUGAUGGUAUACACCUAGCCGGAUGCAUCGCGUACGGGCUUGACCGUUACCAAAAGGCCGAAGACUUCUAUCUCAAAGUCCUAGCUCUUGAACCACGGCACAUCGAGGCCAUGUCGAACCUAGCCGCAACUUUGGUAGCUCUUGAGCGGAAGAAAGAGGGUGAGGAGUACUGGAUGAAGGUUGUGAAAUUCGCGCCGAAUUACUUCGAAGCAGUCGAGCAUCUCGUAGGCCUCCUUUGCAGCACUUCUCGCGGGAAAGAAGCAAUCAAGGUCAUCGACUUCAUCGAACGCUCAUUACGGAUCCCGAGAGCACACGAACCACACAAGACUACUGAUCAUCAAAGUGAGAUGUCGUCCAAUGCAAGUCGGUCACCAUGCACAUCCGAACACUCCGAUCCAGCGAUCUACGAUUUCGAGUUGGAUGGCGAUUUCUCGCGUGACCCUCCGAGUCCUAAGGAACCUGGUUUCGGAUCAAGCGGUUAUGCCAUCCCAGGCGCUGAUAAUGGUCGCAUGCUUGCACUAGUUCAUGCGAAAGGUAACAUGCUCUAUACCCUGGGCGACAAUAACGGUGCUGCCAAAGCUUUUGAAGACGCUGUACUCAUAGCAACGGGCCGCACGUUCUCCAGCGUCUCACAGCUUGUGAAACACAUUUUGUCUGUCAUCUCCGCCGCGAAUGCCUCGAAUGCUGGGCCUGCCGACCCCGUACUUCUCUACCCUGAGCAGGCUGCGAAUACAGCUCGUCUAUGCUUUCCGAAUUAUGGAGAAUUAGCAGGAUUGCGUAACGUACCCGCUUCGCCUUCUAGCCCUGCUAAAAGCGCUGCCGUUGCGAUAGCGAGUAACUCUCUCCUCUCACUUGCCAAGAUCUUCCAAGAUGGCAUGGGCAGAAAUGUUCAAGGUGCGGGUGGGAAGCCCAUGGUGUCUGGCGUGAGGGAAAUCCUUGCGCUGUAUUAUCUCUCCUUGUCAUUGCAGCCCAGUCCAUCCACUGCCAACAAUGUUGGCAUUCUCUUGGCUGGCGUACAGCAGUCAGUUCAACCAGCUAUAACUUUUCACAGCUCGCAUGCCUUCAAACAGGACAUUCCUGGUGUGCAGCCGGGAAGCGGCAUUGCCCUCGCUCUGGCGUACUACAAUCAUGGUCUAAUACUUGAUUCAAGGCAUGCUCAUCUCUACACAAACUUGGGAAGUCUUCUCAAAGACAUUGGCCAGCUUGAUGCUGCUGUCGAAAUGUACAGAAGAGCCAUCCAAUGUGACGGCAAAUUUGAUAUAGCAUUAGCGAACCUUGCCAACGCCGUCAAAGACAAGGGGAAGAUUGGGGAAGCUAUCGAGUACUACAAGCGUGCUGUCGACGUUAACCCCGAGUUUGCUGAAGCCGUUUGUGGUCUUGCCAAUGCGUUGAACUCUGUCUGUUCGUGGCAGGCAAGAGGAGGCAUUGCCGCCGAUGGUGGUAAACGAGAUCGCUGGCACGUGGAUCAGAAUGGUAUGCUGCUCAGUGCGGCGCUGUCGAAGCCUUCUACUUCUGGAUGGAUCAAUCGUGUCGUUGACAUUGUUGUGAAACAGCUUGAAGAAGGUGAAAGUUGGGGCCGUGGUGUACUGACCACAGACAUUAUCGAUUCUAUGGUGCAGCAGAUCACAACCUUCGAUUACGGUACGCAUGAGCUUAGUCAAGGUCUACGCCAGAUCAUCGCAAGCUGGGCUGGUCAGAAAUGGGAAGGUGCGCGUCUCAUCAAACUUGUUGAACGUCUGACAAGGCGCAUCGGCUGGCACUGGUACCAAGACAAACCUCAGCUUCCUGCCAACCUCAAUAUUCCGAAUGCACCUACCGUGCUGCCUUUUCACACAUUCACCUGUCCGGUCUCGGCCAAACAGGUUCGCCUGAUCUCGGAACGCAAUGGAUAUCGCAUCUCAGCUUUGACACUCCGCAUGCCUUGGCUGCCCACUGAUGUCUAUCCUCCUCCAGCACCUCCAUCCCCAAAGUUGAAAGUUGGGUAUAUCUCAUCAGAUUUUAACAACCACCCAUUGGCCCACCUGAUGCAAUCUGUAUUUGGCUUGCAUGAUAGGCAACGAGUUGAGGCGUUUUGUUAUGCCACUACUGCUUCAGAUAACUCACCUUACCGCCGCAAGAUUGAAGAAGAGUCUCCCAACUUCUACAAUGCUAGUAGUUGGACGACAGAACGCCUCAUCAACCAAAUCGUAUCAGACGAGAUACACAUUCUUGUGAAUCUCAACGGAUAUACUAGAGGUGCUCGUAAUGAAGUUUUUGCCGCACGCCCAGCUCCCAUACAAAUGUCAUUCAUGGGAUUUGCAGGUACUCUAGGAGCCGAGUGGUGCGACUAUCUUCUUGCUGAUGAUACUGCCGUGCCGCCGUCUACACUCCGCCCGUGGCGACGGAAUCUUGAUGCAGAAGACCGGCUAAUCCACGAAGCAGAAAGUGAGGAAGGUGAUUGGGUAUAUGCCGAAAAUCUUGUGUACUGCCGAGACACGUUCUUCUGCUGCGACCACAGGCAGAGUGCACCAGACUCCGAAGAACGCAGGUUGACCUGGGAAGAAGAGCAAUCUCGACGCUGGACGAUGAGAAAGGAAAUAUUCCCCUCGCUUGCCGAUGAUACAAUAAUCUUUGGCAACUUCAAUCAGCUCUACAAGAUAGAGCCGACCACCUUCCGCACUUGGCUUCGCAUACUUUCCCAGGUUCCGAAUAGUAUCCUCUGGCUAUUGCGGUUUCCUGAUGUGGGAGAGGUGCAUCUCAAACGCACCGCUGAGGCAUGGGCGGGUCCCGCUGUGGCCGCUCGGAUCAUCUUCACAGAUGUUGCGCCGAAACAUCUGCACAUCAGCCGCGCUCGAGUUUGCGAUCUUUUCCUCGACACGCCAGAGUGUAAUGCACAUACCACUGCUGCCGAUUGUUUGUGGAGCGGCACGCCUCUGCUGACUUUGCCGCGCUAUGAGUAUAAAAUGUGUAGUCGCAUGGCAGCCUCGAUUCUCAAGGGUGCGCUGCCUAAAACGCCUGUCGAUGUUCGUGAGGCUGCCGAGAAGGACUUGAUCGCGUCUUCAGACACUGAGUAG